AUGGCUUCAGAAGAUUCUGGAUAUCACCACGCUAGAUACUCAUCGGUGGAAGAAGUUGGCCCCCAAAUACUGAUGGAAGGCCAUGAACCACGACCUAUGAGGUCGGAUACCAGGCCUCUUCUGCCUUUGGUUGGUGAGCAACCAACAAACAACAUUGCCUUUACCGCAGCUGCUUCUCAACCUAUAACACCAUUAGCUUCAUCUCCCUCUACACUAGUUGUGCCUUUAUCACCAACAGCUGUUAAAUCUCCUCCCCCGACCGCAGAUGACCGAGAGGAGGAUGUCCCUUCUCCCAAGUCCCUUGAACAUGGCACGACCGAUAACCGCAUUCUUUCUUUCUGCACUACUACAAAAAGGCCUUUGUCGGAUUUUGAAGAUGUUUUUCUUGAGAAUCUUCCUAAAGGUUUACCACCUUUAAGAGGAAUAGAGCAUCAAAUUGAUUUUGUGCCAGGAUUACAAAUUUCUAAUAGGCAUGCUUAUAGGAGCAAUCCCGAAGAAAUAAAAGAAUUGCAAAAACAAGUAGAUGAGCUGCUUGAUAAGGAUUUGGAGCAACAAUUGUAUGCAAAUCUAUCCAAAUGCACUUUUUCUGUAGAUAAGGUAGUUUUCCUGAGUUUUGUUGUGAGUUCUAGAGGUGUUGAAGUAGAUGAAGAUAAAAUCAAACCGAUUAAAGAUUGUCCUACACCUAAUAGCAUUACUGAAGUUAGAAGUUUUCAUGGACUUGCUAGCUUUUAUAGGAGAUUUGUUAGAGAUUUUAGUUCAAUUGCUGCACUUUUAACUGAAGUCCUUAAGAAGGAUAAGGUCUUUAAUUGGGGAAAAGAACAAGAGCAAGCAUUUAAUAUUUUGAAGGAUAAAUUGUGUUCUGCUCCUUUGUUACAAUUACCUGAUUUUAAUAAGUCUUUUGAAAUUGAAUGCGAUGCAUCUGGUAGAGGUAUUGGGGCUGUUUUAAUGCAAGAUUCUAAACCAGUCGCUUAUUUUAAUGAGAAGUUGAAUGGAGCUACAUUGAAUUAUUCUACUUAUGAUAAAGAAUUGUAUGCCUUGGUAAGGGCUCUUGCUACGUGGCAGCAUUAUUUGUGGCCAAAGGAGUUUGUGAUAAAAACUGACCAUGAGUCUUUAAGAUACUUGAAAAGCCAAGGUAAAUUGAGUAGAAGACAUGCCAAAUGGGUUGAAUUCAUUGAGACAUUUCCUUAUGUGAUUAGCUACAAGCAAGGUAAAGACAAUAUAGUUGCUGAUCCGCUUUCAAGAAGGCAUGCUCUUGUUUCUAAUCUUACUUCUAAAUUGAUGGGAUUUGAUUAUAUUAAGGAAUUAUAUGUUGAUGAUUCUGAUUUUGAUGUAGCAUUUUCGGGUUUAUACACGUCAUUACCUGUGCCUAUUUCACCUUGGAUUGAUAUUUCUAUGGACUUUGUGUUAGGGCUGCCUAGAACAAGGUAUGGUAAGGAUAGCAUCUUUGUUGUGGUAGAUAGGUUCUCAAAAAUGGCUCAUUUUAUUCCUUGUUUAAAGACUAAUGAUGCUUCUCAUGUUGCUGAUUUAUUUGUUAGAGAAGUUGUUAAAUUGCAUGGUAUACCCCGAACUAUUGUUAGUGAUAGGGAUGCUAAGUUUCUAAGCCACUUCUGGCGUGUGCUUUGGGGAAAAUUGGAAACAAAAUUAUUGUUUUCUACUUCAUGUCAUCCACAAACUGAUGGGCAAACUGAGUUGUUUAUGGCUUUAACGAUGCCCCUUGACUUAUUGCCUUUGCCUACUAAUGAGAUGGUUAGUCUCAAUGGAAAAAAGAAAGAUGAUUUGAUGAAGACUAUUCAUGAGCAUACUAGACUUGCAAUUGAAAGGAGGAAUGAGCAAAUAGCUUUACGAAUAAAUAAAGGUCGAAAACUAGUUGUCUUCGAGCCUGGUGAUUUGGUUUGGGUUCAUAUGAGGAAGGAGAGAUUUCAUUUAAAAAGGAAGACAAAAUUAAACCCUAGAGGAGAUGGGCCAUUUAAAGUACUUGAAAGGAUUGGAGAUAAUGCUUACAAAUUGGACCUUCCAGGUUCAAAUUCAAGGAUGAAUUCUUUUCAAGAGGAGGGGAAUGAUAGCUCCACGGACAAGGAUAAAGCUUUAGAAGUACCAAGAAAGCCAUUUACAAGGUCUCAAGCUAAGGAGAAUCAAGACAAGGUUGUUGGCCUUUAA